UCCAAUAUUCCCCUUCCACUACAAUCCAUGAAUAUCUCCCUCAGCGCUUCCCACGACUAGCGAGGGUUCUUUGCCGAUAAAAAGCUUAGUCCCAUUUAGCAGAAAGAACCCAGAACCACCCCCGCCCCAAAAAAAGAAUCUUCUUGCUCUUGUUCUUUUGCCACUUCUUCAGGAGGAGGGGAUUAACUGAUUACUUCGUUUCCGUGGGUCCAUUUUUGCGUCUGAAAUUCUCAGUUAUUUUCACAGACUCGAAGCAGACAAAAGAUGGGAAGGGGAAAGUUUAAGGGAAAGCCCACCGGUCGCCGCCAAUUCUCUACUCCUGAAGAGAUGAUUGCUGGAACAUCUGCUCCUCGUCCUCGCACAUUCAGACAGGAAGAAGCUGAAGUGGAAGAAGAUGUGAGAUCAGAGGAAGAGUCUGAAGAGGAAUCUGAGGAUGAGGAGAAGCGUAAAGGCACCCAGGGUGUUAUUCAGAUUGAGAAUCCCAAUUUGGCUAAGCCAAAAAAUGUGAAAGCUAGAGACAUUGAUAUGGAGAAAACAACUGAACUUUCACGUCGUGAAAGAGAGGAGAUAGAAAGACAGAAAGCCCAUGAAAGGUAUAUGAAGCUUCAAGAACAGGGGAAAACAGAACAAGCGAGGAAAGAUUUAGAACGCUUAGCCCUUAUAAGGCAACAAAGAGCAGAGGCUGCUAAAAAACGUGAAGAGGAGAAAGCUGCCAAAGAGCAGAAGAAGGUGGAAGCUCGCAAAUGAGGUUGAUAGAUUCCAAGAUGUGAAAUUAGUAUUUUGAUGGUUUAAAAGCAGUUAGUAGUUUCUACAGUUAAAGAUUGUUAUACAGCCAUGUUGGCCAAUUGUUAAGACUGAUGUUUCUCAUAAGUUUGACAAUUCGUGGUUGUUGAAACAAGAUCAAUACCUUUCAGUAUUUUUGCCUUAUGUUCUGUAACACAAGUUGCACAAUGGCGUAUAUUUGGCCUUAACGGUUCUAUGAAGUGUAUGCCUGUCUUUGUUGAAUUA